CACGCCCAACUAAACGAAUGUGUAAUUCAUGACAUGAGGUCUGAUAUCGAGUUACUUGGAGUUUUUCAACAAUUCUGUGUUGUUUAACCAGACUGUUGCUAGGGAUAAAAUGUUAAAUCAUGUUAACUAAUCUUUACAAUUUUUUAUUCUAAAAUUAGUCGUGUAACCUAUAAAUGUGUCAAGUAUCAUGGCUUCUUGGAUCACAGCAACACCGCGGUUUGAGCAAGGUCUUAAAAUAGCAAAUCAAGUAGACAGCAGUAAAUUUCGUUUGCUAAUAAAUCGUAUUUGUCAAACACUUCAGUCUAAUGUUAAUACAAAAAUAUUCAGCGAAGAGGAGGAAGAGAAACUGUUAGUUUCCUUGGAUUUAAAUAAAGAUGAUUUAGCUUGUCUUUUAGAUGCAAUAAUAUUGAUUUACAAACAAGCUGCAAGCAACAUUAUAAAACCACACUUAAUGGAAAGUACCUUAAAGGAUACUUUCAAUGCAGAUGAUGACAAAGUUCAAAUAUUUUUAAAUGCAUGGAUCACAUAUGGUAAAGGCAUAAUUGAUCAUUUUAGACAGAUGUCUAUAUUCCCUAUUCAGCUGAAAAAGAUUGACUGGUGUUUAAAUAUACAAGCUGCAUCUUCCACAAUUAAAAAAGAUGUGCGUCCAAUGGCAUUACUGCAAUUAAAUUUGACAGGGGAAGAGGAAUCUAAGUUGACAGUUGAAUUUAAUAAAAAAGAACUGGUAGAUCUGUAUCAAAAUCUAGAGAAAAUACAGUCACAAUUAGAUGCUCUUAAAUAA